CUAUCUCCAGUCCUGGCCAGAUAAGUAUCGAGUGUAUUUUCUCUUGAAUUGGGGUUUUGUUCAUUUGAUGGACGAUUGGACACGACGACGGCGGGGAAGAGUUCAAGAGGGAGAGGAAGAGCGAUAUCGAGGAAGAGACAGACAGUGGUUUUGAAUCGGCCGAGGUGGAAUUGGAUCCAUCGUUUUGCAUAGGAAAAGCUGAUCUGACCUGACGCCGUAAUCAUCAUCUUCGUCAUCGUCAUCCGAACCACCAACCUUGGAGGCGCCGUCAAUCAGGAGCUGAAAUCGGCACCACGUGUUGCUGGUCGCCGCUGAUUCUUAGUUAUAGGCGCCUGAUAUCACUUGAUCUGCGUCCGGUUGUUGCCGCCGACGUCUACAAGCUGUAACUCGAAAAUUCACCUGUUAGGGCCUGGCUGUCGAAGAUCUGAGCCGCUGCGGUCUGCGUAAGUGGGAGGCCCUAACAUUCAUCAACUCUGGAGUUGUGUUCGGCUACGAUAAUUGAAUUGAGGUUUGUGGCAAGAAUAUCUCAUCUCUCCACAUCCAGUACUUAUUGUUAUGGAAACAUUGACCUGGAUAGUUCAAAGGAUAACAGCUUGGGUGAAUACAAUGCAGGUCGAUAUGUUAUGCUGAAUUAUACUGCCAAUUUCUGUAGAUCACCUCCUGUACAGCUUAUGCAACGGCACCAUUGCAUUCUGUCUUCCAUGUUUUAUAUCUGUUUUCUACAGUGACACAAAUAUGCAGAAGAGUGGGAGUCUUUCUAAGAAUAAUUCAUUGAGGUUGACAACCCAGCAGUCCCUUCGCCGCUUGGGAUUGUGUUCUCCAACAGCAACUGGACAGCACUCUUCCCCAAUAGUCUUUCCAGAAAAACGUGGUAAGGUAAAGACUUCAAGGCGUGCUGACACAAAUGUUGCCAGUGAGGAUCUCAAGAAAGUAAAAAGUGAGGAGCACAGGAUUGAUAUUGGAGAUGAGCAGUCUGAUUUGUUGGGACAUGAUGUAUUUUCUGGAAAACUGGCUCUGGAUAAGAGAAAGACAAGUAAAAGUAAUGAUUCUCAGACGUCAACAGAGACUGUGAGCCAGGAUGUUGUUGAUGCUAAACUCACAAGGCAGGCACUAGUCUGGGGUUCUCGUAUGCUGCAUCUAGAUGAUGUGAUUUCGGUAUCGUACAAUAUAGGUCUGAGACACUUUACUAUUCAUGCAUACCCUAUCAAAAAGGCUUCAUGUGGCCUUUCUUGCUUUAUUAAAACUGGGAGAAGUAGGAAGGAUUUCCGCUUCUUGGCAGCUAGCUCUGAAGAAGCAGUACAAUGGGUUAGUGGAUUUGCAGAUCAGCAAUGCUAUGUGAAUUGUCUGCCUCAUCCUAUGAAGCAGGCUGCAGAUAUAGUUGGUGGUGAUUUUCUGUUUGAAUCACAUAUAAAAUCUAAGAGUCCACCUAAAAUCCUUGUGAUUUUAAACCCGAGAUCUGGACAUGGUCGUUCAAGUAAAGUUUUUCAUGGUAUGGUGGAACCAAUAUUCAAGCUUGCAGGGUUUAAGAUGGAGGUGGUCAAAACAACAUCUGCAGGUCACGCUAAAAAUCUUGCCUCAAGUGUUGACUUCAGUACAUGUCCUGAUGGAAUUGUUUGUGUUGGAGGUGAUGGGAUUGUUAAUGAGGUUUUGAAUGGGUUGCUCAGCAGAGACAACCAGAAAGAAGCAGUUUCUAUUCCAAUUGGAAUUAUACCGGCUGGUUCAGAUAAUUCUUUAGUUUGGACUGUCCUAGGAGUUAGAGAUCCAGUCUCUGCUGCUAUAGCUAUAGUAAAGGGAGGGCUCACUGCCACAGAUGUUUUUGCAGUUGAGUGGAUUCAAACUGGGGUUAUUCACUUUGGGAUGACUGUCUCAUACUUUGGUUUUGUUAGUGAUGUGUUGGAGCUUUCUGAGAAGUAUCAGAAGCACUUUGGUCCUCUGCGUUAUCUUGUUGCAGGUUUCCUCAAAUUCUUAUGCUUGCCAAAGUACAGUUUUGAAGUGGAAUAUCUUCCAGCAUCAAAAGAGGCAACUGAUCAUGAGGGAAAAGCAUUGGCUGUCCAGGAAAUAGCUGACCUGUCAGACCUGUAUACAAAUAUUAUGAGGAGAUCAACUACAGAUGGCAUUCCUAGAGCCUCUAGCUUAUCAAGCAUAGACUCGAUAAUGACCCCAAGUCGUAUGUCUGGAGGAGAAUUAGAUACGACUUGUAGUAGCACCCAUGCCAGCACAGAGCCAUCAGAGUAUGUGCGUGGCCUAGAUCCAAAAUCUAAGCGCCUGUCAUCUGGAAGGAGUAAUGUGAUGGCAGAACCAGAAGUCAUCCAUCCUCAGCUACCACUUUCAGCAACUCCUAACUGGCCAAGGACUAGGUCAAAGUCAAAAACAGAUAAAGGAUGGAGUGGUUUGACGGCCACACAAGAUGCUAACAGAACUUCUUGGGGAAAUGCAGCAAUAAAUGACAAAGAGGAUAUUUCAUCAACAAUGUCAGACCCAGGUCCAAUUUGGGAUGCUGAACCCAAGUGGGAUGCUGAGCCUAACUGGGAUGGGGAAAAUCGCAUUGAAUUGCCAGGACCAUCAGAGGAUGUUGAAGCUGGAGUGAGGAGGGAAGUUGUGCCUAGUCUGCAAGAUAAAUGGACUGCCGUAAAAGGUCAAUUUCUUGGUAUCCUGGUCUGUAACCAUGCUUGUAAAACGGUUCAGAGUUCCCAGGUGGUUGCUCCAAACGCAGAGCAUGACGAUAAUGCCUUGGAUUUGUUGUUGGUUCAUGGAAAUGGAAGGCUUAGGUUGUUGAGGUUUUUUGUGCUUCUGCAAUUAGGUCGGCAUCUUUCACUGCCAUAUGUUGAGUAUGUCAAGGUAAAGUCAGUGAAGAUUAAGCCUGGGAAACACACACACAAUGGCUGCGGCAUUGAUGGGGAGCUUUUCCGAGACCGUGGCCAAAUCAUGUCUUCAUUACAUCCUGAGCAAUGCCGGCUUAUUGGUCGGUCGCCUACUAGUAACAAAUGAAAGCUGAGUUCCGCUUGGAAAUCUUUGAUUUGAGCUCCAUGGAUGCAUAUAAGUUCGAAUUUUCAUUUUGUGAUGGUGCAAUGAGGGGAGCAUUCCGUAUCCAUUGAAGGGAACUUUUGCUGCUCUGCCAUGUUAUCUCAACCUCCCACCAUUGCAUCUUUGCAUGCCGAGAUCCCUGUAAAUUUUUGUCACUGUAUUUUUGUCGUUUCGGCCCUCACUUCCUUUACUAUCAUCCUCCCUUUUAUGUCUCUGUAUGCGUUCAUGAUGUAUCUUCUUCACCCGCGUUGCGUUCGUUACCGUGUGCAAGCUGCUGCUAAUGGUUUCUGUUUGUCGUAUACUCGAGUGGCUCCCAACAUAUUGUACCUAAUGAAAUGUUUUGGUUUUGGAUCACUUAA